AUGGAGAAAGGAAAUACUCUACCUUUUCCCUAUGAAUUUGAAGACCUAAAGGCGGAAGAAAAAGAACAUUUAGAGAAAAUGUAUAAAUUCAGCGAUUACCCUUCCAAGCUAUCUCGAGUAGGACCUAAAGGUUAUGUAAUACUUAAAAGUUACAAGAAAGAAGCUGCCAAUAUCUACAAUAUGCCAUUGAGACCCACAGAUGUUUUCGUCGCAAGCUAUCAACGAUCUGGCACUACUUGGACUCAGGAAUUGGUCUGGUUACUUUCAAAUGAUUUGGAUUACAAAACGGCCGCAGCCAUUCCACUUACAGAAAGAUAUCCAUUUUUGGAUAUAUUCAUGUUGGCCGAAAUAAACCAUUUAGAUGCACUUUUUAAACCUACUGAUACAACAAUAGACCUACAAAAAAUUAAAGCAGUAUUUGAAAUGGUUGGCCAGCCAGCAACUAGAAUACUUGAAGCUAUGCCAGCGUCGACCCCUCGCUUCAUAAAGACACACUUACCAAUGUCCUUGUUGAAACCUAGUUUGUUGGACACUGCAAAGAUGGUUUACGUUGCACGAGACCCAAGGGAUGUGGUGGUUUCGUAUUACCACCAUUCUAAACUAUUUAUGAAUAUUUCAAGGUUUGAAGGAACUUUCAAAGAGUUUUGGAAUUUAUUCUACAAGGAUUUGUGUAUAUUUUGUCCUAUUUUUGAACAUGUCAAAGAAGCCUGGGAGAAAAGAAACCAUCCUAACAUGCUAUUUUUAUUCUACGAAGAACUAUCCAAGGACUUAAACGCUUCUAUAAGUCGGGUUGCUGAUUUUCUAGGUAAAAAAAUAACUCAAGAGGAAUCAGUGCGCCUUUAUGAACAUCUAAGUUUUGACAAUUUUAAAAACAACAAGUCAGUUAAUUUCGAAGAACUGAGAGAAAUUGGACUACUUGCACCUACCGAAAGUUUUGUCAGAAAAGGAAAGACAGGCGGUUGGCGCGACUACUUCGAUGAGGAGAUGACACAGCAGGCAGAACAGUGGAUCGCCGACAACCUGCGAAAUACGGAUCUCCGCUACCCACAUAUGAACAAUUAA